ACCAUCAAAAGUAUCAUUAAUGAACGCAAAAUCAGCAACUAUUGGCAUAAUGAGCGUGAUUUUUACUUGUAUUCAGUGCUUGUGGGUAAUACCAUCGAUGGAAUACCUUUAUCAAUAUACUACGCUUGUGUAUUAUCUGGUGGUAAGUAAAUUAUCUGCAUAAACAUCAAUUUUAAAUUAAAUUAUUUACAGGAGUUUAUCAGCUAGUCCAUUUCAUAACAUGCGUGUUGUUUGUGUUGCCUAUCAUGCGCUUGGAGAUCUUCUAUGGAGAGUAUUCUAAGUUGCCUAACUCUCAGAUGUAUAAAUUAUCAUCUAUCUUUUACGGGAAUUGGGUUUAUACCAAAGUGAUGGCUUCAAUUUACAAUUAGUUUUCGCUGCGUCGGUAACAUUGGCGUUUGUAAUCUGUUAUCAGUUUGUUUCAAUGGCGUUCAUGGGCAAUUUCUUAUUGGGGUGUUAUAUUAUAAACUUGCCCAUGAAUAUGAUUCUAUUCGUAAUGGCGCUCAUAGAAAAUGGCGGCACUAACUGUAUAACCGAAAUGGUUGCUUUUAACGUUGAAAUAGUCAACUUUAGUGAUGUAUUAAUGGCGAUUGGGUUUACAACAUUCAAGUUGGGAUUAAUUACACCUAUAGGAUUGAUGACACAUUCAGCAUACAUCAAAAAAUGGAAGUUGAACACUGGAGUGACUACAAUAUUACUGAUUAUCCUACAUGGUAUUAUGAAUAUAUGGCAAAUGAGUAUUAUUUAUGGCGCUGCGGGUAUUUUAUCACAUCAUUCGGGUGUUUCCUGCAGUGCAUUACUUCCAUACGGUAAUAUUAAUUAUAUUUUCAGUUAACACUUUCUUUAACGUCCUGUAUUUAUGAAAUAUGUGUAAUAUUGGUUGCCUAUAUUUUAAAUGUAAUAUUUUAGGUCCAUUUUAUAUCCAGCCGUAUUUAGUCAUUUCUUUUCAUAUUUCCACGUUGUAACCGUGAUUGUACCAGUUUUUCACUUAUCACAUUGGAUACUUGAAACGGCAAAAAUAUCCAUACAAUUACACUUCUUAAUCAUGAAUAUUAUUGAUUUAAACCCAAAAUUAAGUAAUUUUCAAAGUUUAACUUCUGCUGUGAUAGGACUAUACUGUAUUGUUGUUACAAUAGCAUUCAAUUCAAAUUAUUUUAUUAAUUUUGUGAAUACUUUGUUGAGAAUUACGCAAAUUCACACGCAACAAUUUUUUCUUCUUGCAAUUGAAGGAAUUUUAUUGUUUUAUUGUUAUGGAGCCCAUCGCGUGUUUGAUGACAUACAAUUCGCCACCGGAAGGCGUCCAUUAAAAGCUUGGUUAAUGUACAGUUUUCUGUAUCCAUUUUUAUGUCUAAUUUUAGCCUAUUACACUCUUAUGCACCAUAUCGACAACACCAUCGUCAACGAAUUAAUAAUCAGCGAUGAAUAUGCAUUCAAUUUUCGUCUUGCGAUCAUUUUAUUUGAUUGUGCAGUCAUAAUUACAUUAUCAUGUUUUUAUAUCAUUUAUAUUUGGAGGAGCGAAUCGCCAAUGGAUGAAUUAAUAAAACCUGCGUUUUACUUUGGUCCAACUUUAACAAUGGACAGAAUCCGACGCAAACGGUUUUUGCCUCAUCUUUCAACGCGUUUUCAAUAUGUAUGGAGACAAGCGCAGAAUGAUCGUGAUAUUUCCAAAUUUUAUUAUCGAAUUGAUAAAUGUACUUGUGGGGAUCAUGGACGCAUAUUCUUAGAAGGCGAUGAUGAUAAUUUUCGUACAUUAUUUCCAAAACUUGCGCCUACUAUAGAACAAAAUUAGAUUUUUGAAGUUAAGUCACAUUAUGACUGAUAUUUGUCAAUAUUUUUGCUAAGUUAUCAGAAUGAUCUGUAAAUGUACAAGAAAACCAGAUAUUGUGACUGAUUUACGCCGUUUUGGUACUUUAUCACCGGACAUAUUACGUGUUAGACGUGGCAAAGAUGAAGAAGCAACAGUGGUUAUUCAUGAACGAAUUAUUACUAACUUCUGGCAUAAGCAACGCGAUUUUUAUUUAUAUUCAGUACUUUUGGGUAAUACUGUUGAUGGAAUGCCUUUGACAAUGCAUUAUGCUUCAAUACUAUCAGGAGGUAUUUAUCAAUUUGUCCAUUUUCUAACAUGUGUACUAUUUGUGUUGCCCAUUAUGCGCUUGGAAAUGUUUUAUGGAAAUUACACAAAACUAACAAACUCUCAGUUGUACCGAAUGGUGCCUAUAUUUUACGGAUUCAGUAUCCUAAUGCUUGUUGUAAAUUUAGUUUAUGCUUAUUUAGCUGUAAUAAACACGGCGUUUUUACUUUUACCUGUGUUUCUGAAACUAUUUUAUCCGAAUAUGAGAGACUGUCCUGAUGGCGUAUCAAGUUGCUACAACGCAUUGAAACAAGGUCAAAUUAAUAGCACAUGCACUCAAGAUUAUUUGGGAAUGAAUUGUGAUGGUUACAAUGAAACUAUCAGAUAUAUCGGACUUUAUAGAACAUGGGAAUUUGGAGCAAACCAACUAGAAUCUGGUAACUGGCAAUUAAUUCUUGGAUUAUUGCUAACAUGGUGGAUUAUAAUUGUAUUGUUGAUUGUUGGAAUACGAUUUCUAGGAAAUUGUUUGUUAAUAAUAUUUAUCGUAAAUAUUUUUAUAAAUUAUAUAUUCUUCAUAAUGGCGGCAAUGAAAGAUGGCGGCACGAAAUGUUUGGGCAAUAUGAUAUUCUUUAACUUUGAGAAUGUAAAUAUUUACGAUAUAUUUAUGACAAUAGCGUUUACAACAUUCAAGUUGGGAUUAGUAAAACCUAUGGGAGUGAUGACACACGUAGCAUAUCUUGUAAAUUGGAAAUAUAGUGCUGAAAUCACAACAUUAUUGAUUAUUGCACUUCAUAGUGUGAUAAAUAUUUGUCAAAUGUUUAUUAUUUAUUUUAUAAUGGGUGUAUUAUCUGAGAAAAUAGGUGUAUCAUGCAGUGCAUUACUACCACACGGACCAGCUAUGUAUACUGCAGUAUUUGGUGAAUUUUUCACGUACUUUAAUACACCGGGCAUAGUUGUAAUACUUUUUCAUUUAUCGCAUUGGUUAUUAGAAGUAUCUAAAAUUUCGAUACAAUUGCAUAUGUUGACAUUAAACAUAAUUGAUCUAAAACCAAGUUUUGGUCGAUUUAAACAAUACAUUAUUUUAAUAAUGGGAUUUAUAGGCAUUUUUGUAGCAAUAAUCUUGCAUUUUAUUUAUUUUAUCAAUGGAAAUAUCAAUCAAAUGCUUAUAAUAACACAAAUUCAUGCAGAACAGCUUUUUCUACUAGCAGUUGAAUCCUUUUUAUUGUUUUACUGCUAUGGAGUCAAGAGAAUUUGUGAAGAUUAUGAAUACGUAACCGGAAAUUGUCCUAUGAAAAUUUGGAAAGCUUAUGUAUUAAUUUAUCCUGUUUUAUGCAUUAUUUUAACAUAUUAUACGCUUGUUAUUCCAAUUGACAAGUCCAUUAUCAACAAAUCAAGAAACACCGAUGAUUUUACAGUCAAUUUCCGCUUUUCUGCAAUUUUAAUCGAAUUUUUGAUUUUAACAAUAACAUCAUUUGGUUAUGUUGUGUAUCAUUUCAAGAAGAUGAAACAUGCUAAUGAAUUAUUUAAACCAGAGUUUUAUUUUGGUCCACCAUCGGAAGCAGCUCGCAUUGUACGCAAAACUUUCAUAAGAUUACCGAAACGUUUGAUAAAGUAUAGACUUGAGUCUGUGCGUGUCGAACAUCGCCUGGAUGAGUUGAAACGCUAUCGACAUGCACGAGUAUUUCAAGAAGAUUACUCACAAUUUCACGAACAACCAAGAGCACGUAGAAAUCGAGAAAUUAAUCUACGGAAUAGAGAAGAAAUGAAAAAAUACUUAAAAGAGAUAACAGACUAGGCAACCACGUAU